AUGGACUCGCCCGAGAUUAUGAAUAUCAAUCAAUCAUUAACUUCUUCUUUAUCUCGACCCACCAAUGAACCACUACACGAACAGCACAUACGAAAAGAAGAAUCACAUUUUGAGCGAAGUAUACCCGACACAUAUCAUCAUUCAUCAUACGAAUAUCUUGCGUCGACGACUACCAACGUUCCCGUCGAAGAAGUAAACAACAAUAAUAACAACAAUCAGACUCAAAUACCAACUAGUAUAUCCAAUCAUCAACGAACAACUUCUCCAUCGCAUAGAUAUUUAAAUGAAUAUGUCCCACCAUCAACAUCAUACAGUCCGACAUCUUACUGCUACUCAUCCGGACCGAUUCUCGAUGAAUCUCUCGUUCAUUCGUAUUCAAUGAAUCGUCCAGCACAAGCACAACUAUCGACAAAUUCACUUUCAGCUUAUGUUCCUCAGCAAAAUCAUAAUAAUAACAAUAUGAAUCGUCAUUCAUUACUUCCAGCAACAUCGGAUGAUUCCGGAAAUGAGUCAUCUGUAAAUUAUCAACAACAAUUAACGACGAAUACGCAUUUUGUUGUUGUUGCUAUCGAUUUUGGUACUACAUUUAGUGGUUAUGCAUUUGCAUUUACGCGAGAUAUUGAUUCAAUUUUAAUGAUGCGUAAAGUCGAUGGCAAUGAUCCCGGUGUAAUCAAUCAAAAAACGCCAACGACGAUACUUUUAACGCCACAUUUAGAAUUUCACUCGUUCGGAUUUUUCGCACGCGAUUUUUUUCACGAUCUCGAUCCGGACGAAGCGAAACGUUGGCUGUACUUCGAAAAGUUCAAAAUGCAUCUUCACUACACUCAAGAUCUCAAUACUCAAACAUUAAUUCCAGCGAGUAAUGGCCGCAAAGUUCCUGCGUUGACCAUUUUUACAUAUGCAUUACAAUAUUUUAAAGAACACGCACUACGCGAACUUUCGGAUCAAUCAGGAACACGAUUUGUUAAUGAAGAUGUUCGAUGGGUUAUUACUGUCCCGGCUAUCUGGAAACAAUCAGCUAAACAAUUUAUGCGCGAAGCUGCUUAUCAAGCUGGUAUUGCCUCACGUGAAUUUCCUGAACAAUUACUUAUUGCUUUGGAGCCAGAAGCCGCAUCGAUCUACAUACGCAAACUUCGUAUGCACCAGUUCGUUCCGGAUGAGACGCCUGCAUUCUCUCGAAACACAGUACGACGUGAUCAUAGUUUAUUUUCUUCGACAAUAUCUGAUCAUUCAUCCGCCAUUCUGCACGAUCCAGAAAAACUAUCAAUCGAUCAGAACGAGUUGUCCAAUCAACAAAAUCAGACUUUUGAAGUUUUUCUUGACCGAGGCACGCGUUACAUCGUUGUUGAUUGCGGUGGUGGAACAGUGGAUAUAACCGUACACGAAAUGGACAAUAAAAUGGGAACAUUAAAAGAAUUGUACAAAGCUACAGGCGGACCGUAUGGUUCAGUUGGUGUCGAUCAAGAAUUCGAAAAAUUGAUGAAUGCUAUAUUUGGUAGUGAAAUUAUGGAUGAAUUCAAAAUCAAACGACCAGCUGGCUAUGUCGAUUUGAUGAUUGCCUUCGAAGCGCGCAAACGAACAGCUAGUCCAUUCAAGAACAAUCCAUUGAACAUCUCAUUACCAUUUUCAUUCAUUGAUUUCUAUAAGAAGAAAAAGGUGAAUUGA